UAAAUAUGUUAGUAUUUUUCUCUAUAUUAUAAUACCGCGUUUUUUCCUUUUUUUUAUUUUUUUUUUUUAUUUUAAUCGCUUGGUUUAAAUCGCGUUGACGGAUAAUUCCCUAAAUCCGAGAUGCCCAUUAAAAGCAGCACGUCAAAGUGAGACCUUUCACCGGACCUUCUGCGGUUCACAACUCCCACGGCUGUGCGGAGUGACCCCACCUCCACAUCUCAACAUCGACUGUCUGUAACUACAGCCCGCGUCUGUGUGCCCUGCCACCGGAGCAGCGAUGCCUCCCGGUGUUGUGACGGCGCCACGGAGCUCAUCAGCCGGCUGCUUCUGCGUCUGCUGCGGGGUGAACAUGAGACCUUAUUUCACCGAGAACUCCGUGAUCUCUCAGGGGGCAAUUUAUCAGCUCAUCAGCGAAAGUUUCCUGACAGUUAAAGGAGCUGCUCUCUUCUUACCUCGAGGAAAUGGCUCCUCCCCUUCAUCUGCCUCUCGCUUCUCACAGCUGCGUAGCAAACAUGCAGGAGACAUCCAGCAGCAUUUACAAACCAUGUUCACUCUCCUCAGACCGGAGGACAACAUCAAACUGGCGGUUCGUUUGGAGAGUGCCCACCAUCAGCUCACCCGCUACAUGGUGGUGGUCUCAACCAACGGUCGUCAGGACACGGAGGAAAGCGUGGUGCUGGGAAUGGAUUUCAGUCCCGUGGAUAGCUCAUGUUCUGUAGGGCUGGUUUUGCCCUUAUGGAGCGACACGUUGAUACACCUGGAUGGAGAUGGGGGUUUCAGUGUGUCAACGGAUUCCAGAGUGCAUGUGUUCAAGCCCGUUUCUGUGCAGGCCAUGUGGUCGGCCCUCCAGUCACUCCACAAAGCAUGCGAGGUUGCUCGUUGUCACAACUACUUCCCAGGCAGCUUGUUCCUCACUUGGGUCAGCUACUAUCAAAGCAGGGUGUCCUCCGACCAGGUACGCAUCAAUGAGUGGAACAUCAUGCAGGAUGUGCAGUCGCACCGUGCCGAUUCACCCGUGCUUUUCUCUGACAUACCUACAGAAAGAGAGCUGACAGAGCGUCAGAUCAAAACCAGUUUGAGGGAGAUCAUGAUGCAGAAAGACCUUGAGAAUGUCACCUGCAAAGAGAUCCGAACAGAGCUGGAAAUGCACAUGACAUGCAACCUGAGAGAGUUCAAGGAGUUCAUCGACAAUGAGAUGAUUGUCAUCCUGGGCCAGAUGGACAGUCCUACGGAGAUCUUUGAUCACGUCUUCUUGGGAUCUGAGUGGAAUGCAUCCAAUUUGGAGGAGUUGCAGAAGAGCGGGGUUCAGUACAUCCUGAAUGUAACGAGGGAGAUUGAUAACUUCUUCCCUGGUGUGUUUGAGUACCACAACAUUCGUGUUUACGACGAGGAGGCCACUGACCUGCUUGCUUAUUGGAAUGAAACGUACAAGUUUAUAUCUAGAGCCAAGAAAGCCGGAUCCAAGUGCCUGGUGCACUGUAAAAUGGGUAUAAGUCGCUCCGCAGCCACAGUGAUCGCGUACGCCAUGAAGGAGCACGGCUGGGAUUUGAAAAAAGCCUUUGAUUAUGUCAAGGAGCGUAGAGCCGUGACCAAGCCUAACCCCUCUUUUAUGAGACAGCUGGAGGAGUAUCAGGGAAUACUGCUUGCCAGCAAGCAGAGGCACAAUAAACUGUGGCGUUCUCACUCUGACAGUGACCUGUCUGAUCACCAUGAGCCACUGUCUAAACCUUACGCCCAACCGCACAGCCUGGGUCACUCCGACCCUCAUAACCAGACCAGCAGCACGCCUGGUCCCUCAGUAACAGAACUGCUGGGAUCACUGGGAACUUCGGGCAAACCAACACACUCCACUAGCCAGCCGGAUACUGGCAUCAAGUCAUCUCAGCGCAGCUCUUCAUCCUCUGAGGCGGUGGGAGCUCUAUCAGGCAAUGCUGAAUCUCGAAGCCUUGAGGCUCCUUCUCAUUCUGCUGUAGUCCAGAUCAGCCAGAUGGACACUGUGUCUCAGUUAUUUCCUCCGCUCUCCAAUGGUUUAUGUGACUGUGACGGGCCACCGUCAUCACCUCCUCUCUCCCAGCCAAGAGCCGCCACUGUGGUGCCUGAGCUUCAAAAGACAGACAUGGUGACUGUUGCACAGAGUGUUUUAGUGGGCCAGCCUCACCCGCCUCCAUCCUUUCACCACCUCCCCCUCUCCCCUGCUCCAUCUCCUCCAGCCUGCGUGGAUAAAGUUAUGAAACCAGAGGUGUUGUCCUGCGCUCAGGCUGCGAUAAAACCGAUGCUGGUGUCAUUGCCUGAGCCCUUGACAACACAGGCUGGACAGUGUCUGUCUGCACCAGUGCCUGUCAGAAAAACAGACUGUGACCAACAGAUGUGUGACUUGUCUUUGGACGGCUUAGCAGCCCGUCCUCCCUCCAUUCGUGAUUUUAUCAGCUACCCCAGUGCCAUUCCUCAAGACAACGAGGUAUUGUUCGGCCACAGUGCAGAUCACAUUAACUUUUUCAGUGCCAGGGAAAAGUUCAAGGGAAUGAGUCAAGAUGGUAAACCUCACUCUGCUGCAGUGCAGCAGUCGCCCCAGCUGAAGAGUUGUGGCAAAGAACAGCAACCGCUUCCCCAGGAGGGCUCCGCUAGUGAAGGCAAGGAGGAGGGCAAAAGAAAGGAAAUGACCGUCCCUGUGCAGGUAGCAGGACUGAAGCCUGCAUUGCUCACAGAGGCUUCACCUCUCGACCCUCUUACACAACCAGAGCCCCCUCAGGGCCCAGAGGACCAGAAAGUGGAGAAGUCGAUGCAGGAAAUGGAGGAUAGUGAUGUUAUAUCACAGAAGGAAGCUGAUGAUGUUAAGGAGGAAGUGAAAAACAAGGAAGAGGAGGCCCCUGCUGGUCUCUACAGUGAUUGGACGAGGGGGUCUGUGCGGCGUGUCACACGACAGCUGGAGCAAAGAAUGAAACAGGAGCAUGAGACUCCGUCACCCUCGUCAUCUCCACCAUCCCUCUCCGGCAGCUCCUCCUGCUCUCAGCAGCGUCCAGCCAGCAUCCAUCUUGCGAUAGUGGCUAAUCCCCAGGAUUCAUCAGUUUGCUCGCAGGUGUCAGUUGUUAGCAACGUGCAGGAAGAGCAGGAGCAUGAUGGUAAGGGUGGGCCAGUUAAAAGGGAGAGUGGUGAUGUAGUUGAGAUGGAGGCACUUGGAAAUAAUGAUGGAAGCGCAAAAGGACACAAACUCCAACCUGCUGAUACUAGAUUGCGCUCUACCUCUCCUUCAUUCCACCGCUCUGUCAGUUCUCCUUUUGCCUCUGUGAACUUCCUGUGUUUGGAGGGUGUAACGGAGCAUGAGUCAGGCACAGACUGGGACUUCUCCACAGAGUUACCCCAUAGUGACAUUAUCAUGAGGGGGACAUGGGAGACUUUGUGCGAGCUGGGUGCCUUCCUGCAGCAAGUGAGCAUGGGCGGAGCCUGUAAGGCCAGGUGUGUGGACCAGUUUUUUGGCCACAGUGUCAGAACCACUCAGAAGCAGGGUAGUGGUGUCCAGAGGAGCGUCAGAGAGGUGGAAGCCAGGCUUCGGCAGGCGGGACUGACCCCUCCAUCCCUUAUGAAGCGCUCAGCCUCUCUGGCCAAACUGGGCUGUUUGGAGCUGCUUGCCAAUGACCUGAGUGAGUGGGAGCUCAGCCGCUCCUCUGUAUCUCCGUCCUCAGCAAAAACUCCCAUCCACGCAGUUAGCGAUGAGUCCAAGAAGCAGCGGGUCCACACCUCUCCUUCCUCAGCUGGCCAGCAGCCAGAAGUCCUCAGGAUUGGUGUGGAGAGUCUUUCUGAAGCUGGGGAAACCUUACCACUUCCACCAUCAAAUCAUAGUCCGCAGGGAGGACAACUCCCAGACUCUGUCCAAGAUUCACUGCAGUUGCCUGAGCCAACACUUCUGACAACAAGGCAGCAAUAUGGAAGAACUCACCCCCUGAGGCGGCUUAAGAAAAGAACUGCUAGUACUCUUUACCACACCAUGUAAUCCUCACUCUCUGUGUGUGUGUGUGUGUGUGUUUGUGUGUGAGUGGGGGGUCAUGUACACCUGUGAGAAAUGGACAAAACAAACCAACGCCUCUUGCCUUAAGGGAUACAUUAAGUCGUUUCUGGAUGUUUCUUCCCUGCAGAUCGACAAAGAGCUGUGUGAAAUCUGUGAUAUGAGACGCUUGCCUCAUGCAAGAACAAUGACAAGGUUAUAAAAGUUCUGGUCAAUUGAAAUGAAUGAGUCAAAUUGGAAGAAACGCUGUGUGUAGCAUAAUAACACUUUCAGAAGACAUUCAUAAAAAGAAGCAAAAACAAUCAUCCAGAUGAAUAUGGGCAGCUUGUUUCAAAUGUAAAUACACCUGAGCCUGCACAUAUACCCUCUUUGCAUCAUUGCUGGUUUCUCCGUUAUCAACUUGAUACUUGAUUAAAAAGUCCAACCUGAUGUUAGGUGGAAUAUAUCCUCCGUUUUCCUCUUCUUGUGCUUUCAUGUCUCCUCAUUAAUAUUUGCUAGUCGUGCUGGGUAGCUACCAAGAAAAAUUAUACAGCUGUUCUGGUACAAUCUGACAGGUACAUGAAUCUGCCCAACCUCAAUUCAACACUCAAACCUGCUGAUCUGGUUCAAAUGAUUUGGCAGGUAUACUUUGUACUGACAAAUAAUACCAAUCAAAGUCAAUUCUGCUGUCUUGAGAGCAGCAGCAGCAGUGCGUCUAAACACACAAGAGCUCAGGUUGAUCCACAGAUUAGUGUGUUUUCCCCCAAAGAACGGUGUAGCCAGAGCUGGUGACAAGAAUGUCAACUGAACAUGGUUACGUAGUUGUACAGCUGUUGAUUGAAUCAAAAUGCAAAGAGAAGAGGCAAGCUGUUUGGUUUUUUUUGUUGUUUGUUUUUAAUUUAUGUUUGUACUGACUACACAAUACCUCCGUUAGUCUGAACCAAAUCUGACUAAGUCAAGUCAGACUCUGGAUUCCUGGAAUGUCCGUCAGAAACAAUUUCAACUUCACUACUCGAUAAACUGAAGUAAACUCAUCUCUCUUGUGUCCUCUGACAGUUCUGAUGCCACUCAAACUAGAGAUUUUCUGUAUGUAUUACUAUGUGGGAGAAAAUGUAGGUUAAGGGAUUGGGGGUUGAAGGCAGACUUGUGUAUUUUUGUGAGUUUUCUGCCACGACGUAAAGGUCUAUAUUGUGAGUGUUGACAUUUUAGGAACUGUACAUGUUUUUAUAUCUGGUUUGUGUCCGUGUGUGAGCGUGACCGUGUAGCACAACUUUACCAUGUGGGUGUGUACAUCCUUUUUUUUUUUUUUUUUUUUUGCACACAUUUUUAGGAGUGUGCCUGUGACUGGCAAGUGAAGCUUCUCUGCAGUCUAUCAGAAAUGUCUGUACAGGGAGGUCUGUCAUACAUGCACUUUACUCCCAUUUUAAUUUUUGACAUUGCUUUUUCAUGUAUGGUUGCUACUUUUGAGGAGCACACUGAGGUAGUAGCAGCUGCUGGGUAUGUGUGUCUAUUUUUUUGUUUUAUUUUAAACUAUCAGUGUAAAUAGUCUUUUAUAUCAUGUGCUUCAACUGUGACCAUUAAACAAUGGAAAUCGUUAA